AUGGCCAGACAACGGCCCAACAUUCACCGCCAGGACCCUCUUGAGGACUCAUCCGCUGCGCCCUCCUCCGCCACUGCCGCCAGGCCCCUCUUCCCUCAUUCAACCUCCACUGUCCUCGUUCCUCAAGUCUCAGCUGCUCAUGUCCUCCAGGGUCACUCGCUCCGCUGCGAGACUAGCUGCCGAACCCCCUCCUUCCGGCACCAGUUCCUCUUCCGCAACCCCCGCCGCUGGUUCGGCCUCGACGAGGAAGCGCAAGGCCCCGCCCGAAGCGACCCACCCGUGCCCGCCGCCGGACAGCCAACUUCGUCCUCUCCGCCCCAGAGGAACAAGAGACAGCGGCGUACAUCUCCCAAACCAACUCCGGCUCCUGUGGCGUCGAGCCGCAGCACCAGAAAUCGCCCAGCUAUGUCCCAGCCUGGUCCGAGUUCCGACCCCGCGGAGGAGACUCCGAAGAAUCAACCAUCGCCCCCUGCAUCGCGGAGGAAGUCCAACAGAAACGGCAAGCUCGCACAAGGUAAGGGAACGCUGAAAUCACCACUAGGGCGGUUCUGCGACGGGCAAACUGACACAGCUGCAACAGAGCGUCCUUCCACCGCCCAGUCCCCACCACCCCGCCGACAUAAGAAGCGUUCACCCCGAAACAACCCGGACGUGUUUAUGAAAGAAGCGGACGAGGACGUGGAGGGGGAAGAGCAUGGCGAAGAACAUGAUUCUUCUCCGCCAAGUGAUAGUAACGACGGCACAAACCCAUCAGGCAUCGAUGAUGAGGAAGGGGAUCUCUUUCAUAACAGUUUGUUUGGGUCACGCAGCCCCCUCGGGCUUCAAAGUACGCUCAGAGCCUUGAGUGGUAUGAUGUCGGGCAUGUCUUCCCGCUUACGGGAAAUUCUGAGCAAUCUGAGAGCCAAAGAAGAUCCCUCCCUCCAGCUGAUUGCUCUGCAGGAGCUGUCAGAUCUCCUGCUCGUAUCUAAUGAGGACAAUCUGUCGGGCCAGUUUUCCCCGGAUCCGUAUGUAAAAGAAUUGGUCGCGUUGAUGCAGCCGAAUGACUUUGGCGAGGAGAACCCUGAGAUCAUGCUCCUGGCGUGCCGUUGUUUGGCCAAUCUGAUGGAGGCUUUGCGUGGUUCGGUGGCCAAUGUCGUCUAUGGCGGCGCCGUGCCGAUUCUUUGCCAGAAGUUGCUGGAUAUUCAAUUUAUUGACCUGGCAGAACAGGCUCUGAGCACUCUUUCCAAGAUUUCCGUGGACUUCCCAGCAUCUAUCGUCCGGGAGGGCGGGUUGACGGCCUGUUUGACAUAUCUGGACUUCUUCCCGACAAGCACCCAGCGAACGGCAGUCACAACGGCGGCUAACUGCUGUCGCAAUCUGCCCCACGAUUCAUUCCCUGUCGUACGGGAUGUCAUGCCAACCCUCCUGAACGUCCUUUCAAGCAGCGAUCCCAAGGUUGUCGAGCAGGGGUGCCUCUGCGUGUCUCGGAUUGUGGAAAGUUUCAGGCAUAAGCCCGAGAAGCUCGAGGAGCUCAUCGAGCCUGCGAUGCUGAAGGCCGUCCUUCGUCUGCUGUUACCGGGCACAACCAACUUGAUUGGCCCGCACAUCCACACGCAGUUCCUUCGUGUCCUGGCGAUCACAUCGAAGGCCAGCCCUCGACUGUCAAUGGAGUUGCUUAAGAUGAAUGUGGUUGAUACCCUGUACCAAAUCUUGACGGGCGUGUCGCCGCCGGAGAAUUUGGAUGACACCGCUGUCAAAAUGGACAGUGUCCUUGUCAUGCAGGCACUGAUCCACCGCCCCAGGGAACAAGUCUUUGAAACUUUGAACGUCAUCUGUGAACUCCUUCCUGGGGUUCCCAGUCGUGCGCCAAUUUCGUCGGUAGAUCCGUGGCUCGGUAACCCUCUGGACAACGACACAGCCCUGGGGCUGAAGUCCCCCAAGGCCAAGGAAUCUGCCGAGAAGCGACGAGCCCUGUUGAUGGACUGCAAAUCUGAGCUCAAGCGCUUUGCCAUGAUUUUGCUGCCAACCUUGACCGACGCGUAUUCGAGCACAGUCAACCUGGAGGUCCGCCAGAAGGUCCUGAUCGCCCAACUCAAGAUCCUGCAUCAUUUGGACUCUAGUGUCAUCGAAGAGGCCCUGCGGACUGUGCCUUAUGCGUCAUUUCUGGCCGCAAUCCUGUCGCAAAAGGACCAUCCGUGCCUUGUUUCGUUGGCGCUUAGGUGCUCGGAGCUGCUCUUCCAACGAUUGGAAAACGUUUAUCAACACCAAUUCCACCGGGAGGGUGUCGUCGCGGAGAUCUUCAAGCUGGCAGAAGAGCCCCUGUCUGCAGAGAAGCAGGCCAAGGAUACCGGGGACACAGCGACUGCGGGAACCAUGGACACUUCGGAGGAUUCUCACCAGCAAGACAAGCCGGAGGCUGCCGAGCCGGAUGCCCACACCGAAGCCCACGGCGGCGCCGACGAUGAUGUCCACGACGACGACUACGAUGAGCAGGAGGAUCAUGACGAGGACAAUGAUGACAUGUCCGAGUCUGACGAGAGUUCUUCCUCCUUCUCUGGGCCGGUGCCGUCAACCCGGAUUGAUGAUGCCAUGAAUGACCUCGUAGUCCGCGAUGCUCGCGCGUUCGUCGAGCUCUACGAAGCUAGUCAGGGCCGGGACAUGCGGAGCAAGGCCUUGGAGAUUCUAGAGGAGCUGAAGAGUCUCGCGACCGACAUCGAAGCUUGUUACCUGAAGGGUGCCGGCGGAGAUGGUCUCUCGCUUUUCAAGAAGUUGGCCACAUACUUCGAUGGAGAUGCGUUGGAAAGCAUCACCAGCUCCGAGUUGCUCAGCUCUGGAAUAAUCAAAGUCCUUUUGGACGUUUUUGGCGACUUCCAAGAGCCGUCGAUGCGUGAGGCUCGUGCUGCGUUUUUGCAGGCUUUUAUGGGGACAAAUAUCUCAGCAAAGGCCCAGAGUCAGAGUACGGCCACUACCCCAUUUAGUGUACUUGUCCAAAAGUUGCAAGACUUGCUCAGCCGGACUGAGCAUUUUGAGGUGGCUACGGUUAGCCACAACUCGCUGGAGAACACGCGCAGCAACGCUGCGUACAUGCUAGGAAAGCAGCUGAGACUUCGGUUGGUGGCGGAGGACGAGUCUGACAUCCCCCGCCCUUAUCGAAACAUCAUGGUCUCUAUCCACGCCAUCGCGACUUUCAAGGCGCUGGAUGAUUUCCUUCACCCGCGAAUUAGCCUUUCGGAGCGACCCAAACCGUCACGCAACCGCGAGACUAUCCUUUCCCAGAUUGCUAAUGCAGCACGGCUCCGGGAUCAGUUGACCGGAAACAUGGAACUCUCCGGGGGUGAGACCUCGUCCUCACUUCCUCAGCCGUCCGGAAGUACAGGCCGACCUCCCCGUCCGGACGAUCCCAACUCCGGUACCAAGGAGUCGUCGAACGAGAGUCGUGACCGUAGCUCCAAGUCUAGGCGAUCUGGCCGGCACCAAGCCACCGAAGGCGACGACGACGAACCUCUCGAGUGCGCCGAUGAAAGGCAGUUGAGUGAGGACGAGGAUGAGGAUGACGAGGGCGAUGACGAAGAGUUAAACGCCAUUGUGGAUGACUUUGACGACGAUAUCUCAGAGGACCCAACCCAUGACCCCACCGCGGUGAACAUGGAAGUGGCCUCGACUGGGAAAGUGACAGCGCGCAAGGAGGACGGCACCCGCAUUGCGACACCGUCGCAGUCUACGCCCGCUUCCAAGCCAUCCUCGGGGCCUAGCUCGGGAAUGCAUCCAAGGGCAAGCGGCUCACUGGCCACGGCCGGCCGCCCAUUCUCUUCUUACGCCGCUGCGAUGGCUUCGAUUCCUAACGACUGGCACAUCGAGUUUACCGUGGACGACCGACCUGUUACGAGCGAGACAACCGUUUACCGCGCUGUCCAUCAUAACCGUGACCAUCGGGACGCCAACCCACGCAAUGUGUGGUCUGCCAUUCACACCGUUAAGUUCAAGCGUGUCCCUGGUCCCCCACCUCCGGAGUCCUCUAUCUCGCCCGAUCCCUCGCGAUCUGCUGCGGACGAGGAGCGCAACGAGAUGCCGCACUCCCUCAGCCAAGAGACAACCACCGCAUCUAUCCUUCGUCUGCUCCGUGUCCUGCACGAGAUGAACACAACGCUGGACGAUAUUGUCGCCGAGACGAAGGAGUUGGGCGCACUCAAGCCCGAGCCACUGGCCCAGUUCAUCAAUACGAAACUCACGGCCAAGCUCAACCGGCAAUUGGAGGAGCCGCUCAUCGUAGCAAGUAAUUGUCUUCCCAGCUGGAGCGAGGAUCUCGCCCGUCUUUUCCCCUUCCUGUUUCCGUUUGAGACUCGUCACCUCUUCUUGCAAUCGACCGCCUUCGGCUACUCGCGGGCGAUGAUGCGGUGGCACAACUCCCAGGAGGGCGAGGACAGACAUGACCACCGGCGGGACGACCGACCAUUCUUGGGACGUCUCCAGCGCCAGAAGGUGCGAAUCUCGCGUAGUCGCAUCCUGGAGUCUGCCAUGAAGGUCAUGGAGCUGUACGGGUCGUCGCCCAGCGUCCUAGAGGUUGAAUAUUUCGAAGAAGUCGGGACGGGACUGGGACCUACUCUGGAAUUCUAUUCCACGGUUUCGAAGGAGUUCUCGAAGAAGAAACUCAAAAUCUGGCGGGAGAAUGACUGCCGCAACUCGGAAGAGUACGCAUUCGGCAAGCGGGGGUUAUUCCCAUCGCCAAUGAGUGAAGAGCAAGCUGAGUCGGACGCCGGGAAGAAGCAGCUGCAACUGUUCAGGAUCCUUGGCAAGUUUGUUGCACGCUCGAUGCUUGACUCCCGGAUCAUCGAUGUCUCGUUCAAUCCCGCCUUCUUCCGCAUCGCUAAUAGCUCUAACUCCGUGGUCCCGUCUCUCGGCACGGUCAAAGCCGUUGACCAAGAUCUGGCCAAUUCGCUUCUCCUGCUGAAGCGGUUCGCUAACGCCAAGACUGCCAUUGAAAAGGACCACAGUCUCUCGGAUACGCAGAAAGAACAGGCGCUCCAGAAGGUCGAGGUGGACGGGGUCAAUGUCGAGGAUCUCAGCCUCGACUUCACUCUUCCCGGAUAUCCCUCGGUGGAAUUGAUCAAGGGUGGAUCUGAUAUCUCCGUCACCAUUGACAACGUGGAUACGUACGUGGACCGCGUGGUCGAUAUGACGCUGGGCAGCGGCGUACGACACCAAGUGGAGGCAUUCCGCAAAGGAUUCUCGCAAGUGUUCCCCUAUGCGGCGCUUCGAACCUUUACGCCUAGCGAGCUGAUCAUGCUAUUUGGUCGAGCGGAGGAAGACUGGACGAUCGAGACUCUCACGGAUUCGAUCAAAGCGGACCAUGGGUUCAAUAUGGAUAGCCGCAGCGUGCGCAAUCUCCUGCAGACCAUGAGCGAGUUGAGCGCGCAGCAACGACGGGAAUUCCUGCAAUUCGUUACUGGUAGCCCGAAGCUUCCGAUUGGAGGAUUCAAGAGUCUCACCCCCAUCUUCACGGUGGUGUGCCGGCCCAGCGAACCGCCUUAUACACCAGACGACUACCUGCCGAGCGUGAUGACUUGCGUGAACUACCUCAAGUUGCCGGACUACAGCAGCCUGGACGUGCUCCGCGAGCGGUUGACCGUGGCCAUCAAGGAAGGCCAAGGGGCGUUCCACCUUUCUUAA